UGGGGGCCAUGGCCGAGGUGGUCGGGCCGGGGGCGGAGAUAGGGCGCGUUCUAGCCCAGGUUCAGGAUGAUCUUCAACAGUUGAAAGAGAAACUACGGAUUGCGAAACAUGACCAGGAAGCAGUGGGUGUUCAGAGCUUGGAAGCUGCAAUUGAAAGGACAGAGAGUAGAUUGCGGAAGCAUGUUGAGAAAUACUUGGAUGCCAUGAACACAUCUGUAUUAACUAUUUCAUCAACUGAUCAUGUGGACCUGUGUUCAAGACAGAUUUCCAAAUGGGGGAUCCCGUUGGAGUCUUCUCAGAAAGAAAUAAUUUUCCCAGAGGUGUCCCCAGUUGCCACUAAGUGUGUCAGCUCAUCACUGAAAAUCCCUUCAGCUUCAAAGCACAAGCUUUCAAUGAUCGCGAAGAUUAUGAAUGAUCCGCAGAAUGCCUGCCACCAAAGACUUCUAAAUCAGAACUAUGGAAUCAGCUUGCCAUUGAUUAAGCAGAGGAAAACAGCUCCUGCACCAGCUCGGAAGGUGGUCAAAGGUAUCACAGUCGGCAAUCUCUCUGUUGCUCCAUCUUCCUUCCAUUCGACCAACGCUGGUGCUGUUUUGCCCGUGUCGGAAACAGAUGCAGAAAAAGGUAUCCUGAGUCUAACUGAAAGGGGUCUGAUCCCACGUGCUGCUAGAAUUACGCUGGAGAAACCUCUUGUACUACCCAGACCCGCUCUUCUGCAUGAAUUUCACACCAAGUACAAGAAAGCCACUUCAGAGAGCAGUCUGGAGAGCAAGAAGGUGGAAGCCGCCCCUCGUCCCUGCGAGAAGCCUCCCCGCACAGCCACUUACGCCAGCAGGGGAAGCAAAGGAAGCAUUGCUCCGCCUCCAUCCUGCAUCUCGGUUGUGGCACCCAAGAAAGAGAAGCGGCAGUUAAUUCAGGCAGUUCAGAAGCAGGAGCUGGCCAGUGCUCCUACCUUGCUGCCUAAGACUCCAGAAGUGACACCAGCUCAGGCUUUCCAGAACCUGUUUCUGGAAUUUGACAUACCUGUGUGCAAAGGAACCGUCGACCGCACCAGCUCCGAUAUCCUUGGGUUCAAGCAGCACUGCUGCUUGUUUUGGGGAAGUGCCUUUUCCUUCCUGGAGCAAGUUGCAAAGCUUCUGAAGGAUUAUGCCGUGCCCUCAGCCAUCAUCCGGGGGAAGAAGGUCAUGGAGAUCGUGCCGGAUUUUGAACUGAACCAGAGGCCAACCCGAGAGGACCUCCUCUCGGUGAUCAAGAACGGAACAGCGGUCAGGAAGCGCUUAAGUCGGCCUGGCCAGAGAUACAAAGGCCAGCACGGUGCUGAAGCAGCAGCCACCAAGAUUCAGGCAACCUGGAGGUGCUACCGAUUCAGGAAAGCUUACAUCGAUUUCAGGCAGCAGCAGUGGGCGUCCGGCGUGGUUGCCAUCACGUGGCUUGUGCGUGUUCACAUGCGGCGUGUCAGGAAGACCCUGAAGGAAUCACGACGGAGACACCUGGAGAAUUUCUACAUCAGGGCCAAGCAUCUGGCCGCCAACUGGAAUCGCAUCAGGACCUCUAGGAGGACCAUUAUCCAUAUCCCAUCAUUAGGCUACCCUCAGCAUGUUCGAGAUGCAGCACCUGAUUUCGCUAUUCAUCAGGGAAUGCAGAUUGGACGGCUGUGUGAAAUACAAGAUCCUAAUGUGGACGUCAUCUAUGUUUGCCCGCUUCAGAUGAGCAAGGAGUUGCUGCAAUAUUACAAUAAACUCUUGGGCCUUCAGCCAGCCAUUAGAACUGGGAACGCCGAGGAUGCUGCUGACCUACAGGACAGGUUCAAAAUCCUCACCCCUGAAGCCACAAACACGUUCCCUAACCGUCCCAUGUCUCUGGGCACCUUCCUGAAGUACAGCCCAAAGACCAUCAAAAGGAUCAAGAGCCUAAUCCAGGGUAAAGAGGCGUAUAUCGUUGGAGGACUUCUGAACCAAGAUGACCUGGAAGUUGCUGACGUAUUAGAUGUGCCCAUUUUGGGCUCUGACCCAGCAGUGACUCGUCUCUACAGUUCCAAGUCGGGAAGCAAAAGGGUAUUUGCCGCGGCUUGUGUGCCUGUGCCACCGGGACAGUGUGACAUCUUCAGCAGGCAGCAGAUGGUUGACAUUCUAAGUCAGCUAGUAAUAGAUUACCCAGAAGUGAAGCGCUGGGUGUUCAAAGUGGACCAUGACUUUGGGGGAAAUGGGACAGCGUACUGUGACGUCAUCUCUCACCUGAAGUGCUACCCUUGGAUUCUGAAGGAGAGCCAGCGGUACGGUCCCGAGAUGUGGAAGAAGAGGUGGGCGCAUGAACCGGCUUUGGCGAAGAUCUCCCAGGAGCUGCCGGGCCUUUUAGCACAGCACGCACAGGCUGUCAAUGAGAAACGAUUUCCUACAUGGGGAAAAUUCCUCCAAAUGUUUGUGAGUCAAGGAGGAGUCAUAGAAGCCUUCCCACCCUCCGAAAACGUCACUAAUCUCACAGUGGAUAUGCUAAUAGACCCAGCAGGAGGGAUCACAAUGGUGUCCUGUGGAGACCAGUUCCAUGCCAGCAGCCCUUUGCGGUCGUCAGGAGCCACCUUUCCUCAGUGCUCCGUUGAGCCGCAGCUUCUUGACGCGCUGUGCUCCAAGAUCGGGGAGGCCUGCAAAUCCAGGGCCGUGGUUGGCUACUUCUCCAUCGACUUCGCCACCUUCAUCCACCCACAAACGAUGGGGCAGCAGGUGUGGGCAAUAGACCUGGAUCUGCACUAUAGUGAUCAUCUGGCGUUGACACAGGUCUUGCUUUACGUAACUAACGGGGUGCUGGAUUGCAGGUUAAGCCGCUUUGAAGUGCAGCUCACUCCAAAGAAACCCAAAGGUCGCCAUCCCCAGAAAGAAGAGCCCCAAGCUGAUCCCAUGGUCAGGCGUUCCGUCGUCAUGAGCAGCUCGGUUAUGCAUGGCAACCUUUCCCUCAUCUGCUAUAACGUCUUCCUUCGGAUGUGCAAGGCCCAUGGGAUCGGAUAUGACGUCCAGCAGAAAGAAGGCACCGUUUUUCUAAUGCUUGAAGAUCAGAAGAGACACACAUUUGGAAUGUUAACAAUUGGAGAACAUCUCCAGGGGGUCCUCAUGACCUUUGCUCAGCAUCUCUUCAUCAUCUAUCAAGAAUUAUCAGCACCUAAUAUGCAUGCCGAGACCAAUUUUAAGGGAGCAGUCCAAGAUAUUGAAAGAAUUUUGGGAGUUACGGAACAAAACAAGUUGAAGUUUGAAGAGGAUAAGCAGGCACAAGCUUCCGCACAAUAGUUUGUAUGCUCUGCCUCCCGGCCUGUGCUCCCAA